AUGACAGAUCCCAUCAUGGACUUCUUUGACGACCCCAACCUGUUUGUGGAAGGGCUGGACGGGCUGGCUGAGGGCUUCCCUCCUGGACCCUCGCUGGUGGAUGAGCUCAACCUCAGCGCAGGCUUCGAGCCCCUACAGGUGGAGCCGAUGGUGGCAGGGAAACACCCCGGGAUGAUACCCACCUCCAUGCCCUCCUCCACCCAACAGAGCAUGGGUUAUGGGCAGCAGAUGGGGCACUUUCCGGGCAUGAAGGCUCAGAACUCCAUGGGACAGCCCUUCGCUGGGUCUGAGGGCGUGGGUGGAGGAGGUGGAGGGAUAGUAGCAGCACAGCAUGCCCAGUUCCAUGGAUGCUCAAUGGGUCAGGCACCCCAAACCAAUGGGUUGUUUUCCAUCAGCAGCCCCAUGUGGGGCAACCAGGACCAGAACGGGAACCUCUACCACUCAGUGCCCCAGCAACAACAACAACUACAUCAACAACAGCAGCAACUCCACAACCAACAGCAUCACCUCCGACAGCAACAGCCACAGCAGCAGCAGCUCCACCCCUGUCAACAACAACUUCAGCAACAACAAGUGCAGCAGUUACAGCAGCAACACCAGCUAUUGAACCAGCGGCAGCAGCAGCACCCUCAUCAACAGGUAGUGAACCCCCAGUCUCUUCCCCAGCAGCACCACAGCUUCCCCUUCCACCAGGCCAACCAACAGCCAGCUCCCCACAUCCAGCAGCUUACCAUCGGGGGGACCCAAUUCCACUCCAGGGCUGUGCCUAACUCAGGGGUUCUGGCCAAAUCUUAUGUGGAAACCCCCAAUGCCUCGCUGGCUGGAGCUCCACCACAGCAGGGUGGCUACCAGCUGGUGCAGGGGGCUCAGGGGGCAUUCCCUGGGGUAGGGCCAGAGAACUCUAGCAUGUCCUUCUCCAUGCAGACCUCCUCCCCCAUAGCUCACACCCUGUCCUCCUGCUCAGUGAACUCCACCACCACCUACCCUCCCUCCCAGUACUCCUUCCCUGGCCAGGGACAGCCUGACAUCUCCAGCCUGAGCCAGCCUCUCUCUUCAGCCCCAUUGUCCAUGACCCCCACCACCACUCCCCUGCCCUCCUCAGUGCCUGAACUCUCUCUCUCAGGAGCUGGAUGUGCAUUUACGUCUGCUCCAGGGAUGACUCAGCAUAACCAGCAGCCCGAGCAGGUCCCAGUCAGCCAGGCUGAGGACGAAUGUCCCUUCCGGGCUCUGCGCUGCUCCAGGCAGACCCAGGGGAACUACGACUCGUCUGAGAUGUUUGGGCAGGCCAUGAGCUGCUACCCCAGUGCAGCCAGCCAGCUUGUCCCAGACCAGCACCAGCCCCAGAACUGUGGGUCUAACCUGGAAGUUACUAGACCUCCGGCCAGCACCACUACCACUAACGGCUACGCGUCUCUAGAGGAUAGCCUGGCAGGGUUGCAAGGGGAGGUGGAGGCCCAAGGAGGGGGCUUUGAGGGCCUGGAGGCUCCGGACCUGCUGGCUGAUGAGCUGCUUCCCCAGCUGGAGGCUGCCCUCAGUCAGCACAACCACCAUGACUCCAACUGUUCCUGGACCAAUGGUGGGGAUGGAGAGAGGAAUGGAAAAGGAGAGGAAGAAGAAGAGAUGAAGGAGGAAGACAGGAACUACAUAUCCAUGGACUACGAGAUAAAGGUAAGCCCACUGGGCCAUUAACACUUGCUUUCAGUCGGAGUCUGGCUAGGCUGACAUAUGCUGACAGACUCAGAAAGGAUGAUUUGGAUGAAGUACCUAGUUAUCCAGAUUCCGCAGAGUUCCCCUUCAUUCAUCUAUUUAAAGAUGCAGUAUGCAGAAAUAGCUCUGCCAUUUCCUGGUUGCUACAAUUCUAAUAGUUCGCCUAAUUUCAGUUUAUGUGACAAAACAAGCAAGUAUAGUGUAGAGAGUCAUUGUACCAUCUAAACCACCCAAAAUAUUGUAUUUUCACCUGUUGGAAGCUGGUGUACAAAACCGAAAGUAAAAGACGCAAAAAAUUAAAUUUUAGAACAGGAAGCAUCCACAUAGAACAGAUUUACCACUUCUUAGACUUGCUUUCAAUGAGAAUGACAGAUCUAUGUCACAUUUCUAUGUGCAUUUGGUCGGGUCGUUCAAAAAGUUAUAUAUUGCAGCUUUAAUGUAUUACUACAGGGGAAGAAAUACACAUUGCGUAUGUAUAGAAUUGUCGUGGUUGUUGGCUCUAAUAGUUGCCCUUCCACUGGGAUUGGUGAAGCGAAUUUCAUUCCCAUUUAAAUCUAUAUCUGCAUCUUAUCCAGGUUGUUUUAUCUAUUCAGUUUGGUUGAUUUGUUGGAAAUUAAUUGAAGGAAUUGACAGUGAGACAUGUAUUUGUGUCAGCUACGUUAAUGGAUAAAUCUCUUGCACUGACAUAGAGACUUGCCAUGCUUUCACUCCUCUCAGCAGCCAGACGCCAGCCAGCCACCCACCCAUGUAAUAUUUAACUAGCCCUGGAAGCGCAUGAGCAUAUUUGGUGCACCUGCAAUCAGGGGGAGGUGGAGGAAGGGAGGGAGGGAGGGAGUGAGGGAGGGGAAGGAGGCUCAGCCCUCCUUUAAAUGAUAAUAAUACAGCCUAGUGUAGCUAUCCUCCCAAUAUUGUGUCCCAAAUGGCACCCUUUUCCCUAUAUUUGACCAGAGCCCUGGUCAAAAGUAGUGCACUAAAUAGAGAAUAGGGUGCAAUUUGGGACACAUACAGACAUCAGGUAACUACAGUAGCCUAGCUGUAUCCCAGGGCCUCAUUAAGAGUGGCAGCAGUGUCUCCAGGACUUACAGUAACUAAGCGUACUCAAGACUAUAGAUGUGGGUCAGGGCAGGCGGGAGGCUAGAGACACUGCCUGACUGUCUGUCUUGCUGCUGCACACUGCACUCACUACAUGGCUAGAUAGAGUGUAGAGUGUGGGGGUGGUUGCUGUUGUGGUUUUCUCUGUGUGUGUUUGUCUUUGAGAGAGAGAGAGUGGAGGGGGAGGGUGAGAGCGAGAGAGGAUAGAGACGGACAGAGGGAGUGAGUGAGUGAGGGAGAGCUUGUGAAGGAGGGAGAGAGGGAGAGAAGGAGGGAGGGAGGCUAGAGACAGACACUGAGAGAGAGAGGUAGAGAGUGCAUUAGUGUGCUGCUCUGGCUCUGACAGGCACAAGGCGGAUCCUGGAGCAGAGCUGGCCAGUAGCAUAGCGGCAUCCAUCCACACGCCUCUCUGAGCCUGGCCCCUCAGUGACGCAGACAGCCAUGCAAAGAGGAGCAUCAGCAGCAGCCUGUACUGUCAGACCUGGGUUCAAAUACUAUUUGAUAUUAUAUAAAAUACUUAAGCUGUGCUUGAUUAAUGGAACCAAUAGAAUUGUCCCAAAACUAUUAACCCCACACAUCUGGAACUCCAGGCAGGCUAGAGCGAAGGCUCAAAGUAUUUGAAAGAUUUCAAAUAGUGUUUGAACCCACAUCUGAUCAGCAGCAGCACAGUGUGUCUGUUCCCAUCCAUGGCUCUAGUGCUGGCACAUGCAGCUCAGCAUUCAUCAGUACUAUCUCUGACUGGCUCUGUAGACACACACACACACACACACACACACACACACACACACACACACACACACACACACACACACACACACACACACACACACACACACAGGUACUCUCUGGUGAGUGGUGACAUGAUAGCUAUGUCUCUCUCAACUCUACCACUUAGACUAACAGGUAGGCUGAAAUACUCAAGCACAGACGGGUGUUUUGACCCAGUAGCCAAUUUGUCCCUCCGCAGACGUUCCUAAUUGAAAUGGGACAUGGAACCUCAGCGAACGGGCCCAGCCUCUCUUCAGUCUGUGUCAACAUCCACCCUUAUGUUGAUGCUUAUGGGCAGACUGCUCUAUUCAUGUCCACUGGUGUGUGAAGAGCCAACAGAUAGUGUGUUUGCUGAACAGGCAGGGCAUCAGGGGAUAGAGCGGUGCCCACCCCACUGUCCUAGUCUCACUCCCUGUCUCUGGCCCUGUCUCACUCCCUGGUCCAGUGUCUGGCCCUGUCUCACCCCAUGGCCCUGUGUCUGUCCAGUGCUUCAUUUGUGCUAUUUGGCCGGAUCCGGUACCUCUCAUGGCAUGAAAAAUAAUGUUCACUUUUUGAAAUGUAAACAUUUUAAUAUAAGCGAUCAAAGUUAAUUUGAGUUGUCUCUUCGUUAGUUAUCCUAACCCCCCCCCUCCCCCCAAGCCCGGGCCUGAUAUUGUACGAGUUGAUUCGGGCUGGGCUUAUGGUUUGCGCAACAUUGUAACCUAUGUUUGAGACCAACGCGUGGCCGUGGCUGUGUGAGAAGCUCGCCUGUGUCUCUCACAGAACUGGAACAAGAUUCACUUUCUAUGAUCUCUCUCCCUCUCUCUGCUCUGAUAGACAUGAAUGAGCCUGCAACUCUGAUCUCUCCAGCGUUGCACUUCAUCAUUUAUUUCCUUAUAGAAUCAUAGCAGCACGACGGGUUCUGGAGGAGCUGCAGCAGCCCUGAUAAAUUCAAAUACAUUUGCCAAAGUUAUAGAGUUACUGCUGUCUGUUCAGAAAUAAAUGACAUCAUUCAGAAUAGCCUACUACACCAUGAAAAAGCAUAUCAUUUAGCCACAGAGGAUCAACAGCUUCUUUAAAAAAUGUUUUUCCUAGCUGUGGUGUGUAGCCCAAUAACAAGGCAUAGCCUACAGUCGGGAACGCCUGACACCAAUAUGUGUCUCCACACACCUAGGCCUAGGCUAUUGAUGGAUUCGAGACAAGGUCGUUUUUAUUGAUCUCAGUUUGUCAGUGUCAAAGUAGCCUGUCAUUUCAAUCAUUUGUGCUGUAUUUUGGUGCUUUCGUGACAACUGGGAACUCAGGAAAAAAACGAGGUCGAAUCAUGACGUCAGUGAUCUUCAGUUCAGAAAGUCGGAGCUCUAGAAAGAGGCCUGAGUUCCCGACUUGGAAUUCAGAGUUGGUUGACCGUUCAGAACAAAUGUUCCCAGUCUGAGCUAGUUUUUUUUUUUUUCCCCGAGUUCCCAGUUGUCUUGAUCGCACUGAAGUCGGAAGUUGGAGAUUUCCCAGUUCCGAGUUCCCAUGUUUUGACCACGGCAUUAAAAAAGAUUAUGCUAAAGUCUCCAGUCAUGUAAAAUGAUGUAGAAUUGCAUGAAAUGUGUUUAUAAAAGGCCACAUUCUUCCCAGACCCUAGGCCCCUAAGAAUGUUCUCCAUGUAUGCAACAUCUUCUGUAAGUGCCUCUACUCUACUUCUCUAUGCCACUACGCAAAUGCAUGCAAUGCUUCACUAUACAUAUGUUUUUUUUUUGUUUUUUUUUUAGCUCCCUAGGUCACAUUUUGCUCCGGCACCUCCCGAUUUACAAAUGAAGCACUGUGUCUGUCCCUAGUCUGCACUGCAUGUGGCUGAUUAGGAUUUCCGUCUGUCUUUAACAAUGGAGAGUAGGAUGGAUUCUGUCCUGUUCUUGAGGCCCAGCCAUGAUCAAUGCUGCUUUGGUCCUCUUGCCGAGAUAGCAAGCAAAUGUUUUGCCAUGCACAUUAUCACUACUAAUGGAUCAUAUUUUUUUGACCCCAGUACUAUAAAGUAGGGCUGGGCGAUAUAGCAAAAAUAUCAUAUCCCAAUAUUUUUCUCAUUUUUGACGGUAUUUGAGGUUUUUGAAUAAUAUUAAAAGUUCUAAAUAUGCUUUAUGAGUAGUGCAUGACCCUAGGGUGGAAAAACAUACAUUCUAAGUGUUUGUAAUGGGGCUUUGUCCAUUGUCCUGAUUGUUUUAUACUGUUCAAUGAAAUUUCAACCAAAAGUUGGCAUAUAGUGGGCACUUUGAAUACAGUGUUGUUUGACAUGACAACAAAUGAAAAAGCCAGGGAGGGGUUAUUGUGACAGGGUAGGAACCAAAGUGUUGGUCAAAUGUUUCCUAGUGGACCCUAAUUAAUGUUACAUAAAAUGUUUUCUCUAACUGUAGCUUUGAUGUAGCUAAAAUAUUCAUGCUUCACCAAUUUCUCUAUGAUUUAGAAUAUACCGUUGCACAAACAACCUGCUGAUAUAGGCCUACACCAGCACUGGUAUCAGGCUGUAUUAGCUAGCUAGCUAGCUACCUUUGCUCUGACUAAGUACAUUUAGCUGGCUAGCUAGCCAACUAUCUAGCAAUUAGCAUUAGUGGCUAACACAAAUUAUUUUAACCACAACUUGCUAAGAAAAGACAAACUAGCUGUUUGCAGACAGUAAGAUAGAUGCAGACUGUUUUUGCGAGUGGUUGUUGUGACUCGUGGUAGCGCAAAAACUGUUCUCCUUUAGUGACAGUGGGCGGGGCUUGGUGUGUGUGGAAGGAGAGAGGGAGAGAGACGACUCAAGUAGCAAACGAAGUAAACUAUAAAAAAUGACAUUACACGCGGCGGAGUGGCGUAACACAUUUAACAAACCAAACAUUGAAAUAUCGCUUUACAAGGUAAAGUAAAAACCCAAACCGGUCUGUGCAGCAAUACCGGUAUAUAGUAAAAUAUGCUAUACCACCCAGCCCUAGUCUCCAGCCAGUUGUAGGCCUAGUCCUCAGGAGCUAGUGCUUGGCUGUGACAUGUGCUGGUUCUGUUCACUGUUAGUGUCACACAGACUGACUUCUAGACAGAGGGCCUUUGUUCCCAGUCAUUGUGAAGACAGCAGUAUGAUAAAGGGUGAAGGAGCAGAGUAUGAAAGGGCCUGGUUGGAUAGGGUCAUACCAAGGCAAUUUGAAUUAGACUUCACUUGGUCUGUUCGAAGAAGUCCUCAGUGGGCCUAAGUGCAAUCGGAAAGUACUCAGACCCCUUGACUUUUUCCACAUUUUGUUACGUUACAGCCUUAUUCUAAAACGGAUUAAAUAGUUUUCCCCCCUCGUCAAUCUACACACAAUACCCCAUAAUGACAAAGCAAAAACAGGUCGAGAUUUUUUCAAAUGUAUAAAAAAAAAAAACGGAAAUAUCACAUUUACAUAAGUAUUUAGACUAUUUACUCAGUACUUUGUUGAAGCACCUUUGGCAGCGAUUACAGCCUUGAGCCUUCUUGGGUAUGACGUUACAAGCUUGGCGCACCUGUAUUUGGGGAAUUUCUCCCAUUCUUCUCUGCAGAUCCUCCCAAGCUCUGUCAGGUUGGAUAGGGAGCGUCGCUGCACAGCUAUUUUCAGGUCUCUCCAGAGAUGCAAGUCCAGGCUCUGGCUGGGCCACUCAAGGACAUUCAGAGACUUGUCCCGAAGCCACUCUUGCGUUUUCUUGGCUGUGUGCUUAGGAUCGUUGUCCAGUUGCAAGGUGAACCUUCGCCCCAGUCUGAGGUCCUGAGCGCUUUGGAUCAGGUUUUCAUUAAGGAUCUCUCUGUACUUUGCUCCGUUCAUCUUUCCCUCGAUCCUGACUAGUCUCCCAGUCCCUGCUGCUGAAAAACAUCCCCACAGCAUGAUGCUGCCACCACCAUGCCUGGUUUCCUCCAGGCAUUCAGGCCAAGAAUUCAAUCUGGGUUUCAUCAGACCAGAGAAUCUUGUUUCUGGAGCUCUGUCAGAGUGACCAUCGGGUUCUUGGUCACCUCCCUGACCUGGCCCUUCUCCCCCGAUUGCUCAGUUUGGCCGGGCGACCAGCUCUAGGAAGAGUCUUGGUGGUUCCAAACUUCUUCCAUUUAAGAAUGAUGGAGGCCACUGUGUUCUUGUGGACCUUCAAUGCAGCAGACAUUUUUUGGUACCCUUCCCCAGAUCUGUGCCUCGACACAAUCCUGUGUCGGAGGUCUACGGACAAUUCCAUCGACCUCAUGGCUUGGUUUUUGCUCUGACAUGCACUGUCAACUGUGGGACCUUAUAUAGACAGGUGUGUGCCUUUCCAAAUCAUGUCCAAUCAAUUUAAUUUACCACAAGUGGACUCCAAUCAAGUUGUAGAAACAUCUCAAGGAUGAUCAAUCGAAACAGGAUGCACCUAAGCUCAAUUUCGAGUCUCAUAGCAAAGGGUCUGAAUACUUAUGUAAAUAAGGUAUUUCUGAUUUUUUUAAUGGUUAUCAAUGGGACAGGCACAGUACCAUUUAGGGUAGUAAUAACCUGAUUCAGUCAAAUAAAUGAAAACAGGUGAUGUUUUAUUUUUCUAAAUAGAGACAAUCGUGAAAAACUAAUCUUCCAUUUUAUAGACCAGGGUUUUGGUUUUUGCCCUAGCACUACACAGCUGAUUCAAAUAACCAACUCCUCAUCAAGCUUUGACUAUUUGAAUCAGCUGUGUAGUGCUAGGGCAAAAACUAAACCGUGCACCCAGGGGGGGCCCCAGGACCGAGUUUGGGAAACCCUUUUAUAGACAACAACUAGGCUACUAGAUGUAGUUGGCAGAGAACCAUCUCACCAUGGGUUGUGCAUUCCCUUAUCUGUCCUCACACAUGAUUCAGUCCACGACUCUAACUUACUGCAUGACAGCCCCAUUACAAACAAAUAGCCUUAUGGUGUGGUGGUCUAGGCAGUAGGCACACCCUGGUGGUUGAAUAGCUUAUGAUGUGCUGCUGUGCUGUACAGCAGGUGCCUCCUGUCUGACUCAGUGCAUCAGUGGUUUAGGUUUAUUCUUUGACACCCCCUCCUCUCUCUCCCCUCACCCCCUCCUCUGGCCUCUGGGGGCGUUGAGACUAAAGUGAGGGGGGGUCAGGGGGACCAUGUAUGUGAGGCCCACGGCCGAGGGUGUCUGUGGCUGUGGGCCCCCACUGAAUUGCUGUCUUUGUUGCUUCCUGACCUUCCUGGGUGAGGUUUAUGUAACUCCCAGCCAGGCAGCAAGUGCUGCAGCCAGCCAGCCCUGAAACCUGACACCAUGUCACUGCUCUGCUCUCUGGAGGGGGAGGGGCCCCUGCCGCUGGGAAACCUGCCCUCCAUGGGUCUGAGAGAGGAUUGGCUGUUUCUCUGGCUGCGGUUGGCUCUCUCUCUCUCUGGUCUGUAGAUCUAUCAGUCUCUCUUUCUCUCUCUCUCUCUCUCUCUCUCUCUCUCUCUCUCUCUCUCUCUCUCUCUCUAUCUCUCUCUCUCUCUCUCUCUCUUUAUGACUGCCUCUCUCUGUUCUACCAGUCAUCCGGCCUUAUCUGCCUGCUGGUAGUGGAGGCCUGCCAGGAGUGGGCGGGAUCUAG